GGCAGACAGGGGGCGGUGGGUGACCGCCGGAGAGCAGCCGCGCGCUGCUCAGAGCCGAGCGCCGGCGGAGGGAAGCUGGUCGUGGCAGAGCGGGGAUGUAGCGCCGCUUGUUGGGACUCCGUCGCCAGCUACCCGUCACUUCCCCCGGAUCUUUUGUGUGACAGCGGCGUGGAAUGGGGUCGACUGGACGCAGUACUUUGCACAGUUUGACUGCGUGAUGCCACCGAGGAGCCGCCGUUUGGGGCAUUUGUUUAUGCUUCGGGACGGUCUCGUUGGAGUAGCUAGCUGCUAGCGCGGGGCUAGCGGCUGUGGCUGCUUUGAACGCAUUUUGCGAGGAUGCUCCGGUGGAUACGGCAGCAGCUGGGCUUUGACCCCCCUCAUCAGAGUGAGACCAGGACUGUUUAUGUAGCAAACCGUUUCCCGCAGCAUGGCCACUAUAUACCACAGCGCUUUGCUGACAACAGGAUCAUCUCAUCCAAGUACACCAUUUGGAAUUUUGUCCCCAAGAAUCUCUUCGAGCAGUUCAGGAGGAUAGCCAACUUCUAUUUUCUCAUUAUCUUCCUUGUACAGUUAAUGAUAGACACACCUACUUCCCCAGUCACCAGCGGUCUGCCUCUGUUUUUUGUGAUCACAGUUACGGCCAUAAAACAGGGCUACGAGGACUGGUUGAGACACAAGGCAGACAAUGAGGUCAAUGGGGCGCCGGUAUUUGUAGUUCGUAGUGGAAGUCUGGUCCAGACAAGAUCCAAGAACAUCAGGGUAGGGGACAUUGUUCGUGUGGCUAAAGAUGAGACUUUCCCAGCUGACCUAGCAUUGUUGUCAUCAGACCGUGCAGACGGCACCUGUCACGUUACCACAGCCAGCCUCGAUGGAGAAACCAACCUCAAGACCCAUUACUCUGUUGCGGAGACAUCAGUCUGUCAGUCUGUGUCCCAGCUGGAGGCGUUGCAGGCUGUGGUGGAGUGUCAGCAACCAGAAGCUGAUUUGUACAGGUUUGUUGGGCGGAUUACAGUGACUCAACAUGGGGAGGAGAUAGUCAGACCUCUUGGUCCAGAGAAUCUGCUGCUCCGAGGAGCCAGGCUAAAAAAUACCAAAGAGAUUUAUGGAGUGGCAGUGUACACAGGGAUGGAAUCCAAAAUGGCCCUUAACUACAAGUGCAAGUCCCAGAAACGCUCUGCAGUGGAGAAAUCCAUGAACUCCUUCCUAAUCAUCUAUCUGGGCAUCUUGCUAUUCGAGGCUGUCCUCAGCACCAUCCUGAAGUAUGCCUGGCAGGCCGAGAACAAGUGGGACGAGCCUUUCUACAACCAAAAGACUGAACAAGAAAGGAACAGCAGUCCUAUCUUGAAGUUCAUCUCAGACUUCUUGGCGUUUCUGGUUCUGUAUAACUUCAUCAUUCCCAUCUCCCUCUACGUCACUGUGGAGAUGCAGAAGUUCCUUGGCUCGUUUUUCAUUGGUUGGGAUUUGGAUCUCUAUCAUGAGGAGAGUGACCAGAAAGCACAGGUCAACACGUCUGACCUUAAUGAGGAGCUGGGGCAGGUGGAGUAUGUGUUUACCGAUAAGACGGGAACGCUAACAGAAAACGAGAUGCACUUCCGCGAAUGUUCAAUUAAUGGAACCAAGUACCGAGAAGUUAACGGUAAACUGGUACCAGAGGGAAUGACUGACGAUUCACCAGACGGCUCUACACCUCAACUGAUUAAUGAGGAGUUGUUAUUUGUCAAGGCAGUGUCCCUGUGUCACACAGUUCAGAUCAGCUACGAUCAGCCUGACUGCCUGGUCGGUGGAGGAGACCCUUUUUCUCAUACAAAUGGUUUCUCCUCCAAUCACAUGGAAUACUACGCCUCCUCUCCUGAUGAGAAAGCUUUGGUGGAGGCAGCAAAGAGGAUUGGAGUAGCUUUCACUUGCAGCAAUGGAGAUACAAUGGAAAUCAAAACAUUUGGCAAGUCAGAGAAGUUUAAACUGCUCCACGUGUUAGAGUUUGAUGCAAACCGCCGGAGGAUGAGCGUCAUACUGCAGGAUUCUUCAGGAGGUAAAGUCCUGUUCACCAAGGGAGCAGAGUCCGCCAUCUUGCCAUUCACUACCAGUGGUGAGAUAGAAAAGACAAGACUGCAUGUUGAUGAAUUUGCCUUGAAAGGUUUGCGGACCCUGGUGGUAGCAUGUCGCCAUUUCAGCCCAGAGGAGUACAUCGAUGUAGACAAGCGUCUGAACGCUGCCCGCACUGCACUGCAGCAGAGGGAGGAGAGACUGCAGGAGGCCUUCAGCUACACUGAAAGAGAUCUACAGCUCCUGGGAGCCACAGGGGUUGAGGAUAAACUUCAAGACAAAGUCCAGGAGACCAUUGAGGCUUUAAGACUGGCUGGGAUCAAAGUGUGGGUGUUGACAGGGGACAAGCAUGAGACGGCAGUCAGCGUCAGCCUGUCCUGUGGCCACUUCCACAGAACCAUGAACAUCCUGGAGCUUCUGCAACAGCGCUCUGACAACGAGUGUGCUGAGCAGCUCCGCAGACUGGCCAGAAGAAUAAAGGAAGACCACGUCAUACAGCAUGGUUUGGUGGUGGAUGGGGCCAGUCUUUCUCUAGCACUGCGGGAACAUGAGAAGCUCUUCAUGGAAGUGUGUAAAAGCUGCUCAGCUGUGCUGUGCUGCCGCAUGGCACCACUGCAAAAGGCUAAGGUCGUGCGCCUUUUAAAAACCUCUCCAGAAAAACCCAUCACCUUAGCUAUUGGGGAUGGAGCCAAUGAUGUCAGUAUGAUACAAGAAGCCCAUGUGGGCAUAGGAAUCAUGGGGAAGGAAGGCCGUCAGGCCGUGAGAAACAGUGACUAUGCAAUCGCCAGGUUCAAGUUCCUGGCUAAACUACUUCUGGUUCACGGUCAUUUCUACUACAUCCGAAUAGCUACGCUUGUACAGUACUUUUUCUAUAAGAAUGUGUGUUUUAUCACGCCCCAGUUUUUAUACCAGUUCUUCUGUUUGUUUUCACAACAAACCCUGUACGACAGUGUUUACCUGACACUGUACAACAUCUGCUUUACCUCGCUACCCAUCCUGGUCUACAGUCUGUUUGAACAGCUGGUCCAUCCACAUGUGCUACAGAGUAAACCCGGCUUGUACAGGGACAUCAGCAAGAACUCUCUGCUGUCCUUCCGGACGUUCUUGUACUGGACCGUGCUGGGCUUCUGUCACGCCUUUGUCUUUUUCUUUGGAUCCUAUAUACUGAUGGGAGAAGACACCACACUUAUGGGAAAUGGCCAGAUCUUGCGAGCUAACAGGCAACUGAUGUUUGGAAACUGGACAUUUGGAACACUGGUGUUCACUGUCAUGGUCAUCACUGUUACAUUAAAGCUUGCUUUAGACACUCAUUUCUGGACAUGGAUGAACCAUUUUGUGACAUGGGGUUCGAUUGCCUUCUAUUUCAUCUUCUCCCUGUUCUAUGGAGGCAUCAUCUGGCCGUUCCUCCACACCCAGGACAUGUACUUUGUCUUCGUCCAGCUGCUGUCCAGCGGUUCAGCCUGGUUCGCCAUCAUCAUUAUUGUCAUUACCUGCCUCUUUCCUGAUGUGAUGAAGAAGGUUUUCUACAGACAUGUGCAGCCCACCAGCACACAGAAGAGUCAGUCUCUAUCAAGCCCCCAGGAGCAGACCCUCAGCUGUAUGGAGUCCCUGUGCUGCUACCAGCAGGGGCAGAGCGGCUGUUCCCGCCUGGCCCACUACCUGGAGCAAAUGACCGGGCAGUGCCAGGCCACCAGUCAUUGCCACGCAUCCAGCCGCAACAACAGGUGGGAAGGACAUCGGCGACAAACAAUGAGAAUAAAGUCUAAUAAAGCUUCACCACCACAUCGCUGCAGUCUCGACUAUAGGCUUUAAUGUUGGUGGUAGCGUGAGCAGAGUCUCGGGGAGCUGGGUUUCUACAGAUGGGACGUAGGGUGUGACUUAGCAGCCAAAGGAGACGCCAGAGGCUGACGGUUAGUGGAUCAAGCUGUCCUGGAAUGCACUUUUAGGACUUUGUGUCCGUCAGAGUCCUUGUUGACAUGCUGAAGCCUGGACGUUGUGAUUAACUAGAAAGCUGCGCUCGUCCUCAGUAAGUCGGUGCACUGUAUAAACAAAUUCCUAGAGACCAGAAGAGAUUGUGAUGGCCCUGCCAUCUACAUUGCAUGCAGAUGUGGGUGCUGUACAACAUAUCCAGGAAGGAUCGGGAAGGUCCAGCAUCUUAAUAAGGCCAGUAGAGUGGAGGUCUCAAUAUUCCAGUCUAGUAUGUGACCCGUCUGUGAAGCAGCUCUGUCUACUAACACACUUGUUCUUUCUAACCAUUGGUGUUCUGUGUGUUCUGUCUGUCUGUCUGUCUGUCGUCGUUUGCUUCUGUUCUCCUUAAAAUCAAAGAUGUGUCUAAAAAAAGUCAUUGUUGUGCUUGAUUAGAUGCCGCCAGUGUGUUUACUCUACACCAGCUGUUGAGUUGACAUGUUGCUUUUUUCUUUGGGCUCUUUUGGGUUUUUCCUUGGCCCAGUUCUUCCUGGACAUGAACGUCCAAUGAUUGUGGUGUAAUUGGGCAGCCAAGCUAAUGGGGGGUUGAUGUGACUUGGCUUUUAAGCUGCACUUGGCAAUUUGGGAUCUUUAAAUGGCAGCAAGAAGUAAAGUUAAUAAAAUCUAUCUGGUCUCUGUACUGCACUGACAGCUUUCAGUAAAAGUAUAGAUUCAGUGCAACAUAAUUGUUUUUCGUAAAUUGUCUAGUGCAGCUUUAAGGAGAGGUUCUAACUGGAAGCGCUCAGGGUUUGCUUGUCUGCUCAGUCCACUGUCAGUCAGUGUCUCGUUACAGGAAUCAUUGUGACCCUGUGAAGUCAUUGAUUAAUCGACGUGAUCGGCCCAUUGUGCUGACUAAUCAAUCCUCCCAAAAAGGCUUGAGACACAGUAAUGUCUAGAUCCAUAAUGAAGACGUAGCUUUCCAUUUCUUUAAAUGUUCUUUGUUUUGUACUGGACCUUGAUCGAUGAUGAAUGAUGCAUUGCUUCUCCCAACCCUCCGUUACCCUAGCUGUCUGUCGAGUAGCAUGACCUUGUCUGAGGUCGACAGCAGUGUAAUGGGUGAACUUCAGGUAAAUGUGAGCUUAGACGUUGGCUACAAACACCACCUUCACUCGGCGCCGUCCAAACCUGAUUCCAAACGUGUCUUUGACGAGCAGAAAAUAGAUCCGUCAUUUUAAUAUUUCUAAUAGACAUUAUUACCUUAAACACGAGUUUGCUACCUGCACCAUGAAGUCUGUUUCAUUUCGGUAAAACUAUGUUCCAAUAGCUUGAGGGUCAAAUUACCCCUAAAUGCUUGAUUCGGUUUAGAUGAAUUGCUUCCUGUCGGGGAGAUUGAUUUGUUGUGUGACCUUGGCACGGAGCGACUGGUUUUAUUCAGUCUGAGCAGGCAGCAGCAAAUUUGUGCUCUUUGAGAAUAGGUAGAAAACAAUGAGUGCAACAGUGUAAAUGAUUUCCUAUAGCCAACUCAAUAUCCUAUAACGACACAAUCAUCUACUAAAACACAGAUUUAGCUUUUGUCCCUUCUACAUGUCGACCUGCUUCUCGCUCACGGGUAGUUUAGCUCUCUACCUGUUGCUUCGCUCCUCCUUGGUUUGAUGAAACUGACUCAUUAACCAACGAGUUAAUGAGUCAGCCCACAUUUGGCCUUAAUGCUAGGAUACUGCCAUAGCUGAAAGAUGAUAGACCUCCACCCAGUCGCAUAUAAUGUCUUCAAUGACUGGAAGCAACAGUUAACAAGCAUAUUUACAACUUGUAUAACACAGUAUUUAUCACAUAUUUAUUGGAAGCCCAACUUGUAAGUGGCUGCUUAAACUGGCCUGCUGUCGCAGCAUCGAAUGGCGGCCGUCGCUGAAUCAUGGGUGGAUGUCGAGAGUCACGGCUGUUGUCACGGUAAACAAAUCAAACCCCAGCAGCUCAAUCUUCAUUAGUCCACAACAUCUCCCUCAGCCCUUGGAAAUAAACAGGUUGUUAUUGGCCUUUCCCAGAAAAACUGAGCAGAAGAAACGUGAAGAUUCUGUUUCCAGACCUUGAAAUAAAUAAACUAACGAUAAGUUAAUGCAUCACAAUUCGAGUUUGACACAAUUGCUCCUUCGCUCGUCUUCAUGUAGAAUAAAGGGACCACACCCUGGACCGGAAACGCUGCUGGGAAUAUAAUUACUUGUGUUUUAUUUUUGCUACUUCCUGUAUCUGUCAGUCUUUUUCUACUGUAUACUGAAACCUUAUAAGUGCUUCUAUGAAGAGGCCCCAUUUCAGGGCAAGCUUGUUUUCUAACCCGGGGCACCGCAGGCAGGUGGGGUUUGAGUGACUAACUCCACUUGUCUUGGCCAGGCUACAGAACAAGAAUGCCCAAACGCUGUCUUGUUGCAUGGGGGCUGCUGCCUUUGGGGUAAACCUGUAUAGAACUGUGCCCCCUCACAUAUGCCACGAUUGCAUUUGUCUGCUCUGUGUGCUCAUCCCUGUGUCUGAAAUCUGCAUAAUGUGGUUUAACCUUGCAGAUUAGUUAUUCAUGUCCUGCUCACGUCCCCCAUGUGCCGUGUCCUGUCCGAAUCUGCCUGUUACGUCUUUUCUGGGGUUAAGUAUUGCACUGUGUCCCAGAAGCUUAAUUCUACUGUUGAUGGAGCACGUGAGGGUGCCUCCAGUCAUCAGCCUGUCUGUGGCCCCAGGUCCUGUUCUGCUGUUCACCAGGUCUUAAAUCGCUUUUCUUUAUGGGAGCAGAUUAAACGAUUAAAGGUCAGAGUCACUCAGAGCCGAGCAGCUGAAAAUCUAAAACAUGGAUGAAGAGGAGCAGGAAUGAGAAAUGAGCAGGUCUGUAGCUAGAACACAAUACGCUCGUCUACUACAGAACAAAGUGCAGCCAUGUGAGAAAGUGUGAAGCUGAGCUCAGGAUGUGAAACACAGUCUUCCUGCUGGUGCUGUGACAUGAGUUGGUUCAUUGUGACCUUUAGCUGUGACUUGUUUCCUGUUCUAAUCUGUUCAUGGAGGUAACACCGAGAUGACGUGUACUGUUUUUGUAUUUUUAAAGGAGGUCCAGCUUCCUAAGAUUAGAACAAGGGCUUUGUCAUGUUUCUACAUAUAAAUAUGUCUUAGUCGUAUAUGUUUUAUGUUUGGAGGGUUGUACACCCACAUACUUAUUUAUAUAGUAGUUAAAUUAAGGCCCUGCACAGUUAAACGUCAUCACAUUUGAAUCCUGGCUGUUUCUAGAGCUGAAGCAAGAAUGUUUAUGUUUAUGCUCAUUACAUUUAUUUAUCUUUAUGGUUAAUUAUCAUCUGUAAUCUGAGAAUCAAAAGUCUCACCUCGACUCCACUUGUAGAAAUUACACUACAGUACAAACUACUUUUAAUAGGAUAAAUUUAAUUUAAUUAACUGGAUGGAGCUUAAGUGUCUGUGAACGCCUUGGGGGUUAUUGCAAGGACCAGAAGUUUGUGUUUACUGUUUAUAUUUAUUACAUCGCAUGGAGUUGGUAUUGAGUAUCUGCACAGAUUAAUAUAAAAUCUUUUCAACUGUUUUUAUUUUUUAUUUGUAAACUCAACAAAUGAUAAAACGUGAGACAAAAGGGGUAAAAGCGUGAUCUUAGUCAUUUGUUGUUUCCACGGUAGCGGUCAGUGCUCAUCCUGCCACAUGGGGAGUGCGUGGGUGCUUUUCAAGCCACCGCUGUCAUCACAUGCUAAUUUAUGUGUCACUCCCCACUGAGCCCUGUGUCCUCAGACUAAAGGCAAACAGGCAAGUUAAACAAGUACAACAUGUGAUGAAACCAAAACUGUUUGGACUUUGGGAAAUAAUUCUGGGGUCCUGUUGGACACAGCAAUGAAUUAAAUGAUAUUUCAUCUAAUUAAACUUUUAAGGCUCUCUGACCUUAAUGGAGUUUGAUAAGUGGGAGUUAAUGAGGAGAGACUUUUCGUACUCGUCACCAUCACCAUCUCAGCCAUUAUUAGCGCUCCAUCCUUCACUCUUCUGCUUCCAGCCUCUUAUAAGAUUACAAAGCUCUGGACAACAGUGUGAUGAAUACACACACACACACACACACACACACUCUCUCUCUCUGUCUCCUAACCCUCAGUCACUGCCUGUUUUCAGGUCUUGGAGCGACACGGAGAACUUCUACUCCAAUGAUCGCAGUAUCCUGACGCUGUCACCCAUUGAGGCCUCCCACUGCUGACUCCAGGGCUAUUGACUGUAACUCAGAGCUGGAGGAGAGCUCCCAUCGCUAUCACUCAUUAUCACCCCCUACCACCACCACCACCACCCUCACCCUGCUUCCAUUUAAACCCAAUGCAGCUGGAUGCAAAGCAGACUCGCACAGAAGCUGUUGUAUUGUUUCAAACCAAAGGCCUGAGCUCGGUGCAGGGGGCCUCUGUCCUUCAUCAGAGUCCCAGCGUCAAUUUAGUCUCAUAGGAAAAGCCGGAGCGAAGACGUCAGGCGGAAGAUGAAAAUGAAGUGUGCUUCAAGUCAGCAUAGCAUGAAGCAGACAUCUGUGCAGCUACUCCUGUAGAUAGAAAAGAAAUGUCUGCUGCCUUUACAGAAUCUGCGAUUCCUCUAAAAACGCCUAAAGACGUAUUUAGAGUCUGUCAGUUUAAAAUGUUACAUUUUGCUGCCUCAGACAUUUUACAUUGUAACAUCUUAAGGCUAAAUGAAGAAUGGGUUGUUGUCAGUCUGGGGUUUUGCUCCUUUCAGCCAACAGUCCUGUCAAAGCGUUGCAGCCGGAUCCAGCUGCCUUGGACAAACAGGCUCCGCUCACUGCACAUUAAGGUGGUUUUCCAAAACCACAAACCUGGAUCAUUAUGAAGAACCAGGACGAGGCCAUUGCAGACUCAGACCACAUUAGCAGCGCAUCUCAAAGCUACAGACCAUCACAUUCCAUCAACUUUCCAUCUGUGUCUCUCUGAGCCUCGCUUUCUGCUGCGGCGCCUUCAUGUCUCAUUUAGACUGAAAACCUAGAACACCCUCCGUCUUGUAGCAUCCAGAGCCUCGCUACUUCGGCAGGUCUGCAAAUGACACCUCCUCGCUUACUUCACUCCUUUGAGCUUCUAUAUUUCACUUGUGGUACCAAAGACCAAAGGACCCAGGAGUUGAAAAGAAAGUGUUUAUUUUUGUGCCUGAUUUUACAGAAGCUUAUAUUGCUAAGAAGACUUUUAUUGUUCGUGCUGCUUUCUUGUCUGACUGCUCAGGCCUCUGUCUCCCUGGUGUGUUGCUCAGAAACUGACCGGAUGAGGUCUGUUUGAAAAGCCAUACAAUUUCAAGAGGUCAUAUUAUUGAAAGAUUAUAAUAAAGGUACUGCAGAUAGAACUAAAAUAGAUGUGAGCCUAUUGUUGUAUUGUUCUUGUCUCCUUUGAACGGCUGCUCUUGUUCAGUCCAGUGAGCGAAGGCAUCUCCGCAUUAAAUAAUAGUUCUAAAGUAAUAAAGGAGCUUAAAGCUUCAAAAUGGACAUUCAGGUUUUUUUUUAGGUAGAAGGUAUCUGAUCACAUAAUGAUACCAUUCUGACUUCAGCGAGACAGAAAUGGCUCUAAUGAUGGAAUGCUUUUCCAAAUCACUUCUGAUGCAUCAAGACCCAGACGCCAGAAUGUUUCAAUCUUCAGAGCGAUUUAUCAGAUGAAUAUAAUUUAGCUUCACACAUAAAAGGAAAAGCAAGUUGUUUGCACAAAUCACAUAUCUUAAACAUCAUUUAGUUUUUUGUUUCAGAUCAUCUGCCUCCAUAACUCGAUGCAUCAUUGUUGAGCAUUGUUACAUUUUUGUUUUUGCAUUGAUGCAGUGUGUGUGUGUGUGGGGGGGGGGGCGGUUGAUGGAUGUGCAGAUAAACUCCUGUAUGAUCAGUGACCAUGUUGCCUGCAACAUCUGAAUAUUAGUUUGCUUCUCAGUCAGUUCGUAUUUUAGCUGAAUCCAUUUUCGAAGCCUACAGUUCUGUCCAGACAAGCGUUUUAAUCUUAACAUCCUCAGCUCACGGCGCAAACGGGACGGGAUGUUUGUGUUGGCCGCUCUUUCAUAUUACUGUUGAAGGCGUUUUCAGUUCACAAUCGCUCUUUCAUUAUUGUCUUUCAGUUCGUGGAAUAUUCUUGAUGUUAAUUUUCCUCUUGUUUUCAACCAACAAUGUAAAGCUAUUUAUUAUUUCAACUUUUUUUUUUUUAUCUCCAUUUGUUUUUUUACAUGAUCCUAAAUCAGUUGGUUCCUCCACAACCGCUAGAAGAACACAGGUGCAUGUAUGAGGGAUGGAGAGAAUAUCAUCACACCUUCAGUCCUUUUAGCCAGAUGAUGUCAUAGACCUGUGAUCAGUACAUGGAUUCUCUGAGCAUUUGAAGCCGUUGUGUUGGUCAAAAGCACUUUACUGAAGUAGAUGUAGAUCAACUGAGCUGCAGAGGCACCUGCAGUGAUGCUGCUAUUCUGAUGCCCCCUUGUGUUGGCUAUGAAGGUGUAACCACAGGACACGGUCCCUGUUUAGAGUCAGUUAGGUCCUGAAUCCAGAUACAGAUUUUCUGUCUGUACAAUAUGUUUUAAGAUCCGCUGUGGUUUAUAACCUGGGCCCGAUUCCUUAGAGCAUGGCAGCGAUGAUGUCAUCUGAGCUUAAUUAAGAGAGGAGCUGUGGGUUUGGAUGUGAGGCCUCUGGGGUAUUUCUAGGAGCCGGAGGUUACGCAGCCACAUAAUUCAUAAAAUGAUGAUUUAGUGUUUUAUCACCUCGACUCCAGACGAUCACUGGGUCAUCCUUCAGAAGCACCAUUAUUAAAAGAGCUGUUCAGGGUUCUUCUACAUGUGGUUACUGCAUAUUUCUGCUCCUGGAAUUUUUAGUCAUACCAUAAAUUAACAUGAGGCAUCAGGGGUUGUUUGUUUUUGUAAAUGCAAAUAUCAUCCUGGGGCCAGAACAAAGACGUUUCAGCUAAAACACCUAUUAUGAUAAACCAUUCAAAGGAAAAUUCAACAAGAACCGAAGGUCGACCACGAUCUGCAGAAUCACUGAGGAAAUGAGCUCAAACAGGAAUCUAAAUGAAAACGUCAACUGAGCUGUGUGACUCGGCAUCAGCGAAGCGACAGCUCAUGUCGCUGCCGAGGCUGUUUUUCCUCCCUCCUCGUAUCAGUAAAUCAGGCUGCACCAGAUGAUUAAUAAACACCAUCAUCACUCUGGUGUUGACUGAUAUGUGUCGCCGUGUCUGUGCGUCCUCCCUCCUCCUCGUGUCUGUAAAUCUGUCUGACAGCUGAUGUUUAUGAAGAUGCAGUUCUAUUUACUAAAUAAAUACAUUUUUCCAGAA